AUGUCAAUGUAGUUGACACUUGACAGGUGGUCAAUAACAAACGCAUGCGUGUUGUUUUGUGAAAUGUUUAUUUAAAAUAGUGAAAAGGUUCUCUUAAAAUCUUGAUAAUAAAAAAUAAGUGUUCCAUAAUAGUUGUAAAAAUGCCUGAAGCUUCAAACAGCCGGAUAUUUGCCGGCUCCCGUGUUUUAGGUUAUGUCAGCACACAUGUGCCCUUUGUUGCUCGAUUUAUCAAAAGAAGAGGUGAAACUCUACUAUGUACGAGUGUAGGGAAGUGGUUCCAUACGUAUGGGUGCGAUAAAUUCCGUUUGCUAAGCGUCAGCGGCGAACAUCCUGGUCCCAUCACUUGUAUGAGUGGCGACAAUUUCCAUGUCUACACAGCCAGUGAGAAUAACAUCUACGCAUGGAGACGUGGUUGUGAGCUUAAACACGUUUAUAAAGGCCACACUGCACCAGUGCAUCUGAUGUUCCCAUUUGGUGUUCAUCAUAUAUCCAUUGAUGAAGAUAAUGUUUUGAAAAUAUUUGAUAUCAAGGAAGAGUCUGAGUUUCUUGAGCUUGAAUUUGAUGAGAAGAGUUUUAGGAUCACUACUCUUUGCCAUCCACCAACAUAUUUGAACAAAAUAUUACUUGGAAGUCAGCAGGGUCAGUUGCAGCUGUGGAAUGUCCGGUCUUCCAAAUUGGUGUUUAGCUUCAAAGGAUGGGGGUCUGCUGUUACUGUGACAGAGCCAGCACCAGCAGUAGAUGUGGUUGCAAUAGGUCUUGCAAAUGGAAAAAUAGUUUUACAUAAUUUAAAAUUCAAUAAGAUUGUCAUGGAAUUUGUUCAUGAUUGGGGAAGGGUCAGUACUUUGUCAUUCAGGCUUGAUGGAGCGCCAGUCAUGGUCACUGGAAGUUCUCAAGGACAUAUAGUAAUGUGGGAUUUAGAAGAAAGGAGGGUGUUGUCUCAAGUCAAGAAAGCACAUUAUUCUAAAAUAGCUGGUAUGAAAUGUCUGAUGUCCGAGCCGUUAAUGGUAACAAAUUCUGCAGAUAACUCUUUGAAAUUAUGGAUAUUUGAUUUGCCUGAUGGUGGGGCUAGGCUUUUGAGGAAAAGGGAGGGUCAUUCCAAACCACCAACAAUGGUUUGCCACUGUGAGCCUACUGGCAAUAACAUCCUUGCAGCAGGCAGUGACAGUAGCCUGCACAUCAUGAACACUGUAUCUGAAACUUUCAACAAGAGCCUUGGAAAAGCGUCUCAUAACAGAAAGGCAUCUAAAAAGAAAAAGCGUCUUCAAUUAGAUCAUUUGAUUUUACCGCCAAUUACGAAACUAAGCUCGUGCAUGCAGAGAGACAAGCAAUGGGACAGUAUUGCCUCGCUCCACAAUGGCUUCUUCGUCGCCACUACAUGGUCUUACAAUAAGAUGCGAAUGGGAGACCAUAAGUUGAAACCUCCCAGUACAGAUAAAGGAGUUGUUGCAACUUGUUUGACUGUUACACAUUGUGGUAACUUUGUUAUUAUUGGCUACAGCAAUGGGCAAGUACACAAAUUCAAUAUGCAAUCUGGUAUGCAUCGUGGGCAUUACGGCAAAGAGGAUAAAUUAGCUCACAAAGGUGCUGUGAGGGGCGUAGAAACCGACCUGUGCAAUCGAAGAAUGAUAUCAGUUGGAGCUGAUGAUCUACUGAAGUUCUGGCAUUUUAAAUCAGCAACAACACCAUACAGUGUGAUGAGGUUACAAGAAUCGGUAUCCAGUACAAAAUGUCAUCGAGACAGCGGCUUAUUGGCUUUGGCAAACGAAGACUUCAGUAUUACCCUCGUUGAUAUAGACACUAUGAAUAUUGUAAGGACGUUCGAUGGUCACGAGGGGAGAAUAACCGAUAUUGAAUUUGAUACUCAAAGCCGAUGGUUGAUAAGUUCUUCAAUGGAUUGCACUAUUUGUACAUGGGAUAUACCGAGCGCUCAAUUGGUCGACGUAUUUUCGGUAGAGCAGCCGUGUACGUCACUCAGUAUGUCCCCGACGGGAGACUUCUUAGCCACGACCCACGUUGGAGAAGUAGGCGUGUUUCUCUGGGCUAAUAAAUUGCUGUACGAGAAAAUAUUCCUUAAACCAAUUGAUAAAAAGGAUAUCAAUAUACCUAAAUUGAAGUUGCCAAGCACAGCACCGGAAAAGCCCGAAAUUGAAGACUUAGGUGUAAUAGAUCUAGGUGAUGAACCCGAAUACAGAUCUCCGAUACAAAUUAGCGAGGAACUCAUUACGUUGUCUGACCAACCGACUUCUAGAUGGCUCAACUUGUUACAUUUGGAUAUUGUUAAAAAGCGUAACAAGCCUAAAACUCCACUCACUGUGCCAAAGUCAGCGCCUUUCUUUCUUCCCACGAUACCCAGUCUCGAUCUGGCAUUCGACCUGGAGAAAGACAAAGACGGAAAUAAAGAAACCAAGUUGUUGAUGCCCGAUUCUCUAUCAACACUAACUGCAUUCGGAAAGAAAUUAGUCAACUGUGAGACGGAUGAAAAUUACGAAAAGUGUAUAGAAAAAUUAAAGACUCUUUCACCAGCUGCUAUUGAAGCCGAAGUGACGAGCAUGGCGCCAGACGCCGGCGGCAGUACAGACGUAAUGAAACAAUUCCUACGAAUGCUAGACGUAAUGUUAAAAAGCAACAGAGAUUUCGAACUUGCUCAGUCGUACAUGAGCCUGUUCCUAAAGAUGCAUACAAAAGUUAUAUCUCAUAAUGAAGAACUUCGCGACGUCUUAGUCGCGGUUGAGGAGACCGCUACGCAAACCUGGACUAAGUUACAAAACCAAUUAUUGUAUAACAUCUGUGUUGUUAAAGCGCUGAAAGAUAUGUAAUAAAAGUAUUUUUAAUUUA